CCGCGGGCGAGUGGCGCACCGCACGCUCAGAACGGUGCAGUGCGCUUUCAACGCCCGCUGUGUGAACGAGCUGGCAUAAACAAAAAUGGCAGGCGGUGACAUCGAGAAGGCUAAGGCCAACAACGAGAGCAACAUUCGCAAUUUGAAGCUGUCAGGCCAUGUUGGCUUUGACAGCCUGCCUGACCAAUUGGUCAAUAAGUCUGUCCAGAAUGGAUUUAUCUUCAACAUCCUCUGCAUUGGUGAAACGGGAAUAGGAAAAUCGACGCUGAUGGACUCGCUUUUCAACACCAGCUUCGAAUCUCAGCCAAGCCCGCACAACCUGCCCACGGUAAAGCUGAAGGCGCACACGUACGAGCUGCAGGAGAGCAACGUCCGCCUCAAGUUGACAAUCGUGGACACCGUCGGCUACGGCGACCAAAUCAACAAGGAGGAGAGCUACAAGGCCGUCGUUGACUACAUCGACGCCCAGUUCGAAUCGUACCUGCAGGAGGAGCUCAAGAUUAAACGCUCCCUGGGCACCUAUCACGACACCCGCAUACACGUCUGCCUUUAUUUCAUCUGUCCGACGGGCCAUGGGCUCAAGUCGCUUGAUCUGGUGUGCAUGAAGCAACUCGACAAAAAAGUCAACAUCAUUCCGAUCAUUGCCAAAGCUGACACUGUUUCCAAGAAUGAACUUCAAAAGUUCAAGUCAAAAAUUAUGGCCGAGUUGCAAAACAACGGCGUCAGCAUUUAUGAAUUCCCUACCGAUGAUGAGACCGUUUCUGAAGUCAAUACCUCGAUGAACUCUCACACUCCAUUUGCCGUUGUUGGAAGCACGGAAUUCGUCCGAGUCGGCAACAAAAUGAUGAGAUCUCGCCAGUACCCAUGGGGAACUGUCCAAGUUGAAAAUGAGAACCACUGCGACUUUGUUAAAUUGCGAGAAAUGCUCAUUCGCACAAACAUGGAAGACAUGAGGGAAAAAACUCACGCCCGUCACUACGAACUUUACCGAAAAAGGCGUUUGGAACAGAUGGGCUUCACAGACGUCGACUCAGAAAACAAGCCAGUGAGCUUCCAGCAAACCUUUGAGCACAAACGCAGCACGCAUAUGCAGGAGCUGCAGCAGAAGGAGGACGAAAUGCGUCAAAUGUUCAUCCAGCGAGUCAAAGAGAAGGAGGCCGAGCUGAAGGAAGCUGAGAAAGAGCUUCACGCAAAGUUUGACAAGCUGAAGAAGGAUCACACAGACGAAAAGAGCAAACUGGAUGAUGCAAGACGCAAACUGGAAGAGGAGAUGGUUGAAUACAACCGUCGCAAGGCGCAAAUCCAGAGUGGAUCGCACACUUUAACACUUGGCAAGAGCAAGAAGAAGUGAAUUUUAAUAGUCACGUCUCUCUGAACAUUUCAACCUUUAUUCGCACUCUAUUCUUGAUAAUUUCUCUCAAUUCUGACUUUGAUCUGAUCGCUGAUGGAAUUGUAUACCAAAAAUCGAGCCUCUAUGUUCAUGAAAAUUUGGCAUUACAAAUAACUGACGCAUGGUUUCACUCCUAUAGUAAUAUAUUUAAUGCUUCGUGUAAAUGUAUGAGACUAAUGUAAAUUGGUAAAAGAAAUUUUAUGUCAACGAUAAUUAGCAUGUAAUACAUUUUUAUAGGAGCUCUCCUUUUAGUUAUGACUAGCCAAUAUCAUCUAGUUUUGUUAUUUACCUUCUAAGCCAUAUAUUGGAGAGAGAACGUGUAUUAAUUCUUUCGAAAUUAAUAAACAUACAUUAUCGCGCA